UCUUCGAGCUGGCGAGCGGCGUGCUGUAAAGGGAGUGGGGCUGAGCGCGAACUGCAACAUCACAUCUGGCGGAACGUGCAGCGGGGAAGCGGGAAGCGCGAGCUGAAGAUGGAACAGAGUCGUGCAGGAUCAACAAGGCCGGACUCCAUACCGGAAGUGGGGGAAGAUGCGGCGUCCUCCGUCUCGGGGUCCGCCAGCGCUCUGACAGAGGAGGAGCAGGAGGAGCUACGAAAUGAGCUGGCCAAGGUUGAAGAUGAGAUCCAGACUCUCUCUCAGGUCUUGGCCUCAAAGGAGAAACAAGUGGCAGAAAUCAAGAGGAAGCUGGGAAUCACCCCCCUCAAUGAGCUCAAGCAGAACAUCACAAAGAGCUGGCACGAGGUCACCGCAUCCACAGCCUACCGGAAAACCUCGGAAACACUCAGCCAGGCAGGGCAGAGGGCCACCGCUGCUUUCUCCAGUGUCGGCUUUGCCAUAAGCAGAAGGCUGGAAGACGUCAGCAUACGCUCCAUACAGCACUCCAUUAGCAUGCCUGCUAUGAGGAACACCCCCACGUUCAAGUCCUUUGAAGAGAAAGUGGAGACGUUGAAAACCAAGAUGAGUCCCACGCCAUCGACCGGCGACUUCAACGAUGUCCUCAACUCCACGGCCAGCGCCAGACCUGCAGGGCCAGGACCUUCGUCCGAAGAGAGCCAGGUAGAGAGGGAGGAGCCCCACUGAGAGACCCCCUGCCCCUACAACACACCCUUUGCCCUGCCCCCCCCCGCCCAGCACCAGCUGCCCUCUCCUUGAAGCACAGGGCACAAAACCAAAAGAAGAGGGGCUAGCUAUGUGUUAUUUCAUGUCAUCAGCUCUCUUCCUUUUUUUUUUUUGUAUUAAACUGCACAAUUUAUUAAGAUAAUCUAUAUGUAUUAAUAGAUGUGUGGUAUGAAUUGAAAAAAACAGUACUUUGCACAUUAACAUAAAACUUUAGCCAUUUUCAGGCAAGUCACAAAAAUAUUUCACCAUGUGGCAGAGAGCUGGCACUGCACCUUCACUCGUGUAGUUUGGCUGACGUACAAAAUGCGUUUUACUCCUCUCGUACUUUUCUUCACGUUUCUACCUAGGGAGUAGAGAAACAGGUGUCCCACAAUGCAUUGCAGACUCAAAAAAGAGCAUUUCUCAAGGUGUAUCACACCAGUUUUUUUUUCUUUUUUUUUUACCACGUGGGCAAGUGGACAUAGACCAGAAGGUAGAUGACUGGUUAAACAUAAACUAGGCACCUCUGGAAUCCAGUCUAGCUUUGUUGCACAGAGUCAGGGGCAGCUGCCAUAAACUCACAUGCGUAUCAGUUUCCAGUCAUGUGACAGCAUGCUGUUUUCACCUCCUCACAAUCAAUAAAGCUAUUAGACAUGGCCAGAAGGUCCCUGCAUCAUUAAGGAACUCAUAUUAUCCAGUGAAAUGGGGAAUGGAUUUU